UAGUCUUUAAGUAUUUAAGAAUUUUCGUGUGAUGCUUUUUAUUAUUCGUUCAAUUGAUUUCAAAUCAAAGUAAACCCAUUCGAAAUAUAUAUGUUGGAAAAUGAAAUGCAAUGAAGUCUCAAUAUUUGUCCCGGGGUCAGGGGUUGUCCAAAGGAAGAGUUCAGCGUUUUGGCCGGAAUUCCAAACAAGCGGCCACUGGCUUUAAUUAACCUGUAACAAAUGUCAGACCGCCUAUCGUCGUCAUCUCUUUGUGGGCUUUUGCUCCGGCAUGAGAUAAACAAAGGCACGGCGCACAAGAAUAAAAGAGCAAUCUGGCGAUGAUAACACGAUGAGUACAAUCUGUGUGUUGGCCAUUUGGAAAUCAGUUCUUCAACGAUUCGCAUCGCGAUUCUACGUGACGUUGCCAGAGUUAGAGUUAGGGGAGUCACGGCCGCAAGACAAUGCCGCUAAAAAGUCGAUCAAACGCUUAAAAUGUAAUCAAGUUCGGUUCGGGCCAUAUCUUAUCUUGAGCCUUGACAUAUGCCAAAGGCUUUAGUGUGAAUCACGGAGCACUCAUCCGGCAGACAGAAAACUAGCCAGUAAAGCAACCGAGUGUUAACUGAUUUGGCUAUAAUGGAUAAUCUUGGGGCUAUGCUUCUCACCCUCUGCCUCCUUGGCCUCCUGAUCUUCCUGCUGCGUGUGCUGAUGAUAACCUUUCGCUCCUAUACGAUGUCGCAGCGCCUCAAGGAUGAGCCAGCCCGUCGUGAGAUGGAAAUCAGUGUGACGAACAACAAUUGCAAUGGCAGUUCCAGCUGUGCCGCUGGCAUCAGCAGCGUCAGUGUAGGUGACCAGAACGACCAGAUUACUGUGCUGCCAAAGACUUUGGAUCUGCCGCCCAGCUACGAUGAGGCAGCAUACUGCGAACAGAAGCAAGGAGUCAGCAAUGCAGCCUCCACACUGACCAUUGCCACCAACCUGGAGGUGGGCAUCAACGAGCCACCGCCAGUCUACGAGUCGGGAACUCUCGCCACCACCACGACGACAACCACCACAACGUUCCUGGUGAACGGUCAGCCACCGGUGUUGUAACAAAAACUUUCGAUUCCGAAAUAAUAAAUUGUAUUCCAUACUUAAAUAUACACGCUU